GUAUUCAAAUAAGGCCCCGCCCCCGUUGCCAUGGCGCUCGGUGCCCACAACCCGCGGCCGGAAGAACAGCCUAGAGUCUGGGCGAGCGCCGGCGGCGGAGUGCGCCCAGGGCCGAGCCCCCUGGGCUGGGGCACCUGGGCCUAGCCCCCAGGUGCCACCUGGGGCCACAUGCCACCCACAUGCCCAGAUGUGUGACUACAGCUGGAGACAGUGGCUGCCUGCUGGUUGGACGUCAAUGGAUCCAGCCAGGGUUGGAGCCCAGGUGCCUCGGCCCAGCAUAGCCAGUGUCCAGGUGCAGGAGCUGAGCUGGCCCGGCCUGCACAACCCCUGCCCACAGGGCAAGGGCACAGGCAGCCAUGGGGGCGGUGUCCGUGAGCGGCUGAUGGAGGAGUACCUGUCCCCCGCCCGACUGCAGGCCCUGGCCCAGGUGGAUGACCUCCGCAUGGUCAGCGUGCUGGAGAUGUGUGUGGACACCCGAAAGAACAGCCUGGGGAACUUUGGGGUGCACCUGCCCAACCUGAGCCAACUGAAGUUGAACGGCAGCCGCCUGGCCUCCGUGAGAGACCUGGGCACGUCUCUGGGCCACCUGCAGGUGCUCUGGCUGGCUCGCUGCGGCCUGCCUGACCUGGACGGCAUUGGCUCCUUCCCAGCCCUGAAGGAGCUCUAUGUGUCCUACAACAAUGUCUCAGACUUGAGCCCGCUGUGCCUGCUCGAGCAGCUGGAGGUGCUGGACCUGGAAGGCAACAGUGUAGAGGAUCUGGGGCAGGUGCGCUACUUGCAGCUGUGCCCACGGCUGGCCACACUCACCCUGGAGGGCAACCUGGUGUGCCUGCGGCCGGGCCCUGGCCCAUCCAACAAGGUGCCCCAGGACUACAACUACCGGGCAGAGGUGCAGCGUCUCAUCCCUCAGCUGCAGGUCCUGGAUGAGGCCCCGGCCGCACAGACGGGCCUGCCAGCCGCCCAGACACUAAUCCAGGACUGGCUCAUGGUGAAGGAGGCCAUCAGGAAGGGCAGCAUCCUAGAUGGCCUACUGCCCAGCCUGGAUCAACCCCAGAGAGCCUCCGUGAGGCGACUGGGCCCCACACUGUCCCUGCCUGAGGUUCAGCCCCGGACUUCCAGCCCCUGGUCUCUCUCCUCACUGGUUCCUGGGGACCCCCUGCCAGAAGGCCUGCUCCCUGAGGACCCAGCCUCAGACGACGAUGCCAGCAACCUCACCCAUGGCGCUGGCCACGUCCUCUGUGGGAAUCCCACCAAAGGCCUAAGGGAGCGGAGACACCAGUGCCAGGCCUGGGUGCCCCUGGAGCAGCUGCCCCACCACAGGCCAGCUGAUUUCUCUGCCAGCACCUCUGCCCCAGGGCUGGACCCUGCAGACAGUCCUGACCUCCUUCCCUUGGCCAAGCUCGGGACCUGGAGAAGGCUAUGCCUACGCCCCCUCCCCUGUAGGCACCUGGAGUCCCCGAAGGAAGGGACAGCAGCCCCCCGGGGUCCAUGGAGGUGCCCUGAACAGCAAGAGGAUGAGGCUGGGCCGGAGGCUGCCCCGGGGCCCCCCAGCUCAGCCCCAGAGCUCGUGGUGGCCUCAGUCUGUAAACUGAUCCCUUCCCCCCCCAAGUAUCCCACACCACCCGACUCCGGAACCAGCUCCUGGGGUUCCACAAAGCAGCCCUUCAGGGGGCGUCGGCUCAGGAGCCUGGGGCAGGGACUGGCAGCUGUGACUGCCCUGAGAACCCUGGAGAUGGUCUCCACCCCACAGCCAGCCUCGGAUGCCACAACCAGACCUCCAGGCUUCCAGUGCACGCGUGCCCUGGAGCCCAUCACCCCAGCCCAAUCCCGCCCGUAGUGUAAGCCCCCAUCCACUGCUGAGCUUGCCUGGAUGGUCACAAGGGGUGCCUGUAUGGCCAUGUGGCCUGGACUCUAGUGUGUGUAGGGGUGGGGGUGCGCCUGGCUUCUGGAGAGGCCCCUUGAUGGUGGGAGGCAGGGGGUGGGAAUGAGCCAGUGGGUGGCAGAGCAAGGGCCAAGGCUGGCCUCGGUAGGCACAGCCCAGCUCCUUGCCACUACCCAGCUGCCUGCCCCUUGCACAGGCUUGGCCUUCAGGAGAGGAAUGGUCAGAGGCACAGUUGGCUGCAGCUGGGGCGGGUGUAGGGUGAGUCUUGCCAGGAGGGCUUCAAGCCUCCCCCCAACAGCUGACCUAGCUGCCCGCCCCAGUCUGCCCCACCCUCAUUGGCCACUCUGAUCAGCCCCUCUGACUAACCUCGGGCUCUGCGCCCUGAGUCACCCCACUACUGCUGUGUCCAGUCCCAGGUGCUCAACCCAGGUGGCCACAGCGUGGCCGGACCUCCCGUCCCAGUCGGUUUCUCCGUGCGUGGAGGGGGGCAGUCACAUCCCUCCUCUUAGGUCUUGGGGCGGGACGCCCUGAAGACCAAAGGAAUCAUUUCCAACUCUCAGGUGUACAGAAAUAGGGUUUGCCUUGUGGACAACGUUGGUUCAAUAAAUUAUGCAGCGGGCACCGCCU